AUGGAGCAUCACCGACCAAAGUCUGGUGGAGAUUUGUUGGACUGUAAAUGGGCCGAAGAAAACUGGGUUCGAGAUGUCAAAGAGAGUCCAUCACAAAUAAAACCAAGUAUGCAUGUUAUGGAUAUGGCAGGACAAGAACAGGCCUUGAAAGGUUCAGAACUUUCAAGCUUUGAUGCAUAUUUUGAGAACGUGCAGUCCAGGAAGAAGUUGCCAUUCUCUUUGCAGGAGACUUUAACAGCUGCAUUUGCGAAGAUCCCUGUUUCUUCAUUCCCUCUGGUUCCGGGCGGCAAAGUCAUUGAAAUUUUAGCGGACACGUCAGUAACCGAUGCUGUUAGAAUUUUAUCUGAAUGCAACAUUAUGGCUGCUCCUGUGAAAAAAAUAGAAGCAGGAGACAGUUUGGACUGGAGAGAUAGGUAUCUAGGAAUCAUAGAUUACUCAGCGAUCGUCCUCUGGGUGUUAGAGAGUGCUUCCAUUGCAGCUGUAGCUUUAUCAGCUACUUCUGCAGCAGCUGCUGGCAUUGGUACUGGAGCAGUUGGUGCUCUUGGAGCAGCAGCAUUGGGUGCAGCAGGUCCUGUUGCAGUUGCUGGGCUAACUGCUGCUACAGUAGGCGCUGCUGUAGUCGGUGGGGUUGCUGCCGAAAAAGGAGCUGGAAAAGAUGCUUCGACAGCGGCUGACAACUUGGGGCAGGAUUUCUACAAAGUUGUUCUUGAAGAAGAACCCUUCAAGUCAACCACUGUGGGAUCAAUUCUUAAAUCAUACCGCUGGACUCCUGUCCUUCCAGUUGCAACAAACAGUUCAAUGUUGAGCGUCUUACUUCUACUCUCAAAAUAUCGGCUGCGAAAUGUACCGGUGAUCGAGCCAGGGAAACCCGAUAUUAAGAACUUCAUAACACAAUCAGCAGUUAUUCAAGGUCUGGAGAGAUGCAAGGGAAGAGAUUGGUUUGAUUGCAUUGCUGGACAAACUAUUUCAGAUGCAGGACUUCCUUUCAUGUCUGCUGACGAGGUUAUUAGUGUCCAGAGCAAUGAACUGAUUCUGGAAUCUUUCAAGAAAAUGAAAGAGAACAAAAUUGGUGGUCUUCCGGUUGUAGAAGGACCAAAUAAGAAGAUUAUUGGAAAUCUAAGUAUACGGGACAUCAAACACUUGCUGCUCGAACCUGAACUUUUCUCCAAUUUCAGGCAGCACAGAGUGGUGGAUUUCAUGAACACCAUCUCAACAACCAAAGAAACCGGAAGAGUCGUCCCGCCGAUUACCUGCAAGCCAGACGCAACUCUUGGCAGUUUGAUCCAUACUCUUGCUUCCAAGUCAGUUCACAGGAUUUAUGUGGUUAACCAAUCUGAAGAAGUUAUGGGCGUGAUUACCCUUAGAGAUGUGAUCUCAUGUUUCGUACAUGAGCCCCCGAACCAUUUCAAUAACCACUUUUCAUUAUCAACAAAAGAUUAUGUUGAAUAA